AUGCCACAGCAGCUAAACGUCGUGGCAUUGAUAUCGGGCGGGAAGGAUUCGCUCUAUUCCAUCUUACAUUGCCUGAAGAAUGGGCAUAGGCUGGUGGCGUUGGCGAACCUGCAUCCGCCCUUGACGCGGAGAGGUAGAGGUGACGACAAUAAUGACGAUGAUGAUGAUGAUAGGCCGGAACGGGAGGAAGAAGAUAUGGAUAGCUACAUGUACCAGACGAUCGGAUAUAGUAUCAUACCUCUGUAUCAAGAAGCAUUGGAUGUACCACUCUAUCGAAGAGAAAUCAGGGGCACGGCGGUGAAUACGGCGCGGGACUAUCAAACUCCCGCGACGCAGUCGCGCCAGGAGGGAGGAGGAGAAGAAGGAGGAAGAGGAGGAGGGGAAGAGGAUGAGACGGAAUGUUUGCUUUAUCUCCUGCAGGAUGUCAUGAGGGCGCAUCCGGAGGUGAACGCAGUGUCGGCGGGUGCGAUCCUCUCGACGUACCAGCGUACUAGGAUUGAGAAUGUGGCGGGGAGAUUGGGGUUGGUGCCGCUUGCUUGGUUGUGGAUGUAUCCGUAUCUGUCGCCGCCGGUGCAGCGGGCUGGGCUGCCUGCGCGCCCAGUCGCUGCCGUUGCCGGGUUACUGGAGGAUAUGGCUGCUUGUGGGUGUGAGGCGAGGAUUAUCAAGGUUGCGAGCGGUGGGAUGGAUGAGGGGAUGCUGUGGGAGAAUGUUUCGGCCGGAGAUGGUCGGCUAAGAAGGGUGUUGGUGAAGAGGAUGGGGAUGCUGUUGGAGGAGGGAGUGGAGGGAGCGGUGCUGGGUGAAGGGGGGGAGUAUGAGAGUUUGGCCCUGGAUGGGCCGAAAGAACUGUGGCAGAAGAGAAUUCAGGUCCGGGGUGUGGAACGGGAGAGGGGAGAGGCAGGCGCUGCCUUUGUGAAGCUAAAAAGCGCAAGCUGCGUCGAAAAGAUGGGAAUAGACGACAUGGGAAGUGUAAAUGAACUACGGAUUCCGCAACUGUUUGACGAUGGGUUCAAGCUGGUGUAUGAAAGGAUCCUAGCAAGUACAGGGCAAUACGCCUUGAGAAAACAAUCCCGUGAACUACCAUAUCCUGAGGCAGACAAGACCUGGGCCGUCGAAACGCUUCAAUCAAAGAUGGAUAACAUCUGGGUGAUAUCUAAUCUGUCUGCUCCCGAGGCCGGACAAGACUCCGCGACGCAGAUGAAAUCCAUUAUGACAAAGCUAACGGAUGCCCUCCGUACUCACGAACAGGAGCUCGGCGCCGUCACCCCAGAUGAUAUCGUUUACACCACCAUCCUUCUCCGAUCUAUGGAUGAUUUCGCUUCCAUUAAUUCCGUCUACGGAUCAUUAUUCACAAAGCCCAACCCUCCAGCACGGGCAACUGUCGCCUGUGGGAAUAGGCUCCCACCAGGGAUAGAUAUCCUCGUAUCUUUCAUUUUAGAUCUCGGAUCACCGGUCCACCGGAAAGGCCUGCACGUCCAAUCACGGUCAUAUUGGGCGCCCGCGAAUAUUGGCCCUUACUCGCAAGCCGUUGGGGUGCCGCGGGACAAGCAAUCUGGGUUCGAGCAAGACGGGGGAUUGGUGUAUAUUGCAGGUCAGAUACCCUUGGAUCCAGCGUCGAUGGAGCUGGCGAGGCCAGAUGUUGCCUUCACAGAUCCGCUUUCGUCAUUUAUUCAUCAUACCGUCCUUUCUCUACAGCAUCUGUGGAGGAUAGGGGGUGCGAUGUGCGUUAAUUGGUGGCUGGGCGCUGUAGCCUUUAUCGCACAAGAUACUGGCAUAUCGUCAAAAGCCGCCGUUGCAUCAGAUAUCUGGGAGAGGAUGAACACGGGCAGCAGCCCAUCGGGAGAUGAGGAUGACGAAGAAGACUCAAUGCUGGACGCGUGGGAUAUCAAAUAUGGCCGCAAGCAAGAUUUCGGCAGCAACAAAAAAGCCACCAGGGCGCUCCCUGAUUUUGGUAUCGUUGGACCCUCAUCCAAGAUACCGCCAUUCCUGGCCGUCGAAGUCGAUGAGCUCCCACGCGGUAGCGACAUUGAAUGGCAGGGGCUAGGGGUCCGGUCUGCCCAUGUCGAUAUCACCGAGGAUAGCUCUGAAGGGAUCUCCAUUAGUCAUUCUGAGGGUGCUGAGUUUGGCACACAUCUUGCCAUCGGCAUUGAAAAAGUGAAACCUGAAGAUGUCGAAAAAUCCAUAGAACAGGCCAUGUAUUUGGCAAGAAGGCGCUUGAAGGACGGGACGCAUUACCAAGCUACCAUAUAUACUCCCUUGCCCGCAUUGUGCGUGAAAUUGCUAGCGCAAAUUGUGCCCUGCAGGUCUGUCUGGGGUUGUGGUGGAAGGGAGCUCUCUGCAGCACUUGUCCUGCAUUCGAGAUCCUCGCAAGGAUCCCAAUAG